CUGUUCAGCCGCCCUGACUCUUCACUGAAGAGCUUUGAGACCCAGGCGCCCCAGUGUAGAGGAGGAGGGGGAAGUGAAUUUGGAGCAAGCAUGACCCGAUGUAGGUUGAGAACCAGCAGUUUGCAGAACUCUGGUUAGUGAAUGUCUUGUGUCUUUUAUAGAUUUAUUUUUUCGCUGAAAUGAAUCCGGCUUAUGCAUAUUGGGCCGCUGUGAGUCAGAAUCAACUGGAUGGCAGUGGGUUUGGUUUUUUUGGGGUUUGCUGUAAAAUGAGACUUCUGGUAGCACUCACUGGCCUGUGGCUCUUCUCCGAAGUAAAGGCAGACUCAAAGGCCAUUACGACCUCUCUCACUACUAAAUGGGUGUCCACCCCCUUGUUGUUAGAAGCCAGUGAGUUUUUAGCAGAAAACAGUCAAGAAAAAUUUUGGAAUUUUGUAGAAGCCAGUCAAAAUAUUGGAUCAUCAGAGGAUCAUGGUACUGAUUAUUCCUACUAUCAGGCGAUACUGGAGGCCGCGUUUCAGUUUCUGUCACCUCUGCAGCAGAAUUUGUUGAAAUUUUGUCUGUCUCUUCGUUCUUACUCAGCCACAGUUCAGGCCUCUCAGCAGAUAGCAGCUGAUGAACCUCCACCAGAAGGCUGCAGUUCAUUUUUUUCAGUUCAUGGAAAGAAGACCUGUGAUUUUGAUACUCUUGAGACUCUUCUACACACAGCAUCUGAAAGACCCAAACCAUUAUUAUUCAAAGGAGAUCACAGAUACCCUUCAUCUAAUCCAGAAAGCCCAGUGGUGAUUUUCUACUCUGAGAUUGGCCGUAAAGAAUUUUCUGCUUUCCACCAACAACUCACAUCAAAAAGCAAUGCUGGCAAAAUCAAUUAUGUAUUCAGACAUUAUGUAUCUAGCCCUGGAAAGGAGCCUGUUUACCUCUCUGGCUAUGGUGUGGAGUUGGCCAUUAAGAGCACUGAGUACAAGGCCAAGGAUGAUACUCAGGUGAAAGGAACUGAGGUAAAUGCCACUGUGAUAGGCGAAAAUGAUCCUAUAGAUGAAGUUCAAGGAUUCCUCUUUGGAAAAUUAAGAGACCUGUACCCUGACUUGAAGGAACAGCUAAAAGAACUCAGAAAGCAUCUUGUAGAGAGCACCAAUGAAAUGGCACCUUUAAAAGUCUGGCAAUUGCAAGAUCUCAGUUUCCAGACUGCUGCCCGAAUCCUGGCUGCUCCUGUUGAGCUGGCUUUGGUGGUUAUGAAGGAUCUUAGUCAAAAUUUCCCGACUAAAGCCAGAGCAAUAAUGAAAACGGCUGUGAGUUCAGAACUAAGAACUGAAGUGGAAGAGAAUCAGAAGUAUUUCAAAGGAACUUUAGGAUUACAGCCUGGAGAUUCAGCUCUGUUCAUCAAUGGACUUCACGUUGAUUUAGAUACGCAGGACAUAUUCAGUUUAUCUGAUGUAUUGAGGAAUGAAGCGCGAGUAAUGGAAGGUCUGCACAGAUUGGGAAUAGAAGGCCCUUCUCUGCAUAAUGUUUUGAAGCUGAACAUCCAGCCCUCUGAGGCUGACUAUGCGGUGGACAUCAGGAGUCCUGCCAUCUCAUGGAUUAACAACCUGGAGGUCGAUAGCAGGUACAAUUCAUGGCCUUCCAGUCUACAGGAGUUGCUUCGACCCACCUUUCCUGGUGUUAUCAGGCAGAUCAGGAAAAACUUACAUAACAUGGUUUUUAUAGUUGAUCCUGCUCAUGAGACCACAGCAGAAUUGAUGAACACAGCUGAAAUGUUCCUCAGUAAUCAUAUACCACUAAGAAUUGGUCUACUCUUUGUGGUUAAUGACUCUGAAGAUGUUGAUGGGAUGCGGGAUGCUGGAGUGGCUGUUCUUCGAGCGUAUAAUUAUGUUGCCCAAGACUUGGAUGAUUAUCAUGCCUUCCAAAUGCUGACAAAUAUAUAUAACAAGGUGAGGACUGGAGAAAAGGUGAAAACUGAACAUGUGGUCAGCGUCCUGGAGAAGAAAUAUCCAUAUGUGGAAGUGAAUAGCGUUUUGGGGAUCGAUUCUGCGUAUGAUCAGAAUCGGAAGGAAGCAAGAGCCUACUAUGAGCAGACUGGGGUAGGCCCACUGCCAGUGGUUCUGUUCAAUGGGAUGCCCUUUGAAAAGGAACAGCUGGAUCCUGAUGAGUUGGAAACCAUCACAAUGCACAAAAUCUUGGAGACUACUACCUUCUUCCAAAGAGCGGUGUACUUGGGUGAACUGUCCCAUGAUCAAGAUGUGGUUGAAUAUAUCAUGAAUCAGCCAAAUGUUGUUCCACGAAUCAAUUCUAGGAUUUUGAUAUCUGAGCGAGAGUACCUGGACUUAACAGCAGCUAAUAACUUCUUUGUGGAUGACUAUGCUAGAUUUACUGUCUUGGGUUCUCAAGACAGGACUGCUGCUAUAGCCAAUAGUAUGAACUACCUGACAAAAAAAGGAAUGUCCUCCAAGGAAAUCUAUGAUGAUUCUUUUAUUAGGCCAGUAACUUUUUGGAUCGUUGGGGAUUUUGACAGGCCUUCAGGAAGGCAAUUAUUGUAUGAUGCUAUUAAACAUCAGAAAUCUAGUAACAAUGUGAGAAUAGGCAUGAUAAAUAACCCGAGUGAAGAUAUAAGUUAUGAGAACACUCAGAUCUCCAGAGCCAUCUGGGCAGCCCUACAAACACAGACCUCCAACUCAGCUAAGAACUUCAUCACCAAAAUGGCCAAGGAGGAGACCGCAGAGGCUCUGGCUGCAGGGGCUGACAUCGGAGAGUUCUCUGUCGGAGGCAUGGAUUUCAGUCUUUUUAAAGAGGUCUUUGAGUCUUCCAAAAUGGAUUUCAUUUUGUCUCAUGCCGUGUACUGCAGGGAUGUUCUGAAGCUGAAGAAAGGACAAAGGGCGGUUAUCAGCAAUGGAAGGGUGAUUGGGCCAUUGGAAGAUAAUGAGCUGUUUAAUCAAGAUGACUUCCACCUCCUAGAAAACAUCAUACUAAAAACUUCAGGACAGAAAAUAAAAUCUCACAUCCAGCAGCUUCGGGUAGAAGAAGACGUGGCAAGUGACUUGGUGAUGAAGGUGGAUGCUCUCUUGUCCACUCAGCCCAAAGGAGAUGCAAGGAUCGAGCACCAGUUCUUUGAAGAUAGACACAGUGCCAUUAAGCUGAGGCCGAAGGAAGGAGAGACGUACUUCGAUGUUGUGGCCAUUGUUGACCCUGUCACCAGAGAAGCACAGAAACUUGCCCCAUUGCUCUUGGUUUUGACUGCGUUGAUAAACAUGAAUCUAAGAGUAUUUAUGAACUGCCAAUCUAAACUUUCCGACAUGCCUUUAAAAAGUUUUUACCGUUACGUCUUAGAACCAGAGAUUUCUUUCACUUCAGACAGUAGCUUUGCCAAGGGUCCAAUAGCAAAGUUUCUGGAUAUGCCACAGUCUCCUCUGUUCACUCUGAACUUGAACACACCUGAAAGUUGGAUGGUGGAAUCUGUCAGGACGCCAUAUGACCUUGAUAAUAUUUAUUUAGAAGAGGUAGACAGCAUAGUGGCUGCGGAGUAUGAGCUGGAGUACCUGCUACUAGAAGGUCAUUGCUAUGAUAUCACCACAGGCCAACCCCCACGAGGACUGCAGUUUACCUUAGGGACUUCAGCCAGCCCCGUUAUUGUUGAUACCAUUGUUAUGGCCAACCUGGGCUACUUUCAAUUAAAAGCCAACCCAGGAGCAUGGAUUCUCAGACUUCGGAAGGGGCGCUCUGAAGACAUUUAUAGAAUAUACAGCCACGAUGGUACAGAUUCUCCUCCUGAUGCUGACGAGGUGGUCGUUGUCCUCAACAACUUCAAGAGCAAAAUUAUAAAAGUGAAGGUUCAGAAGAAGGCAGACAUGGUGAACGAAGACUUGCUGAGUGAUGGAACGAAUGAAAAUGAAUCUGGAUUUUGGGACUCCUUCAAAUGGGGCUUUUCAGGAGGACAAAAGACUGAGGACGUGAAACAAGAUAAAGAUGACAUAAUUAAUAUUUUCUCUGUUGCAUCUGGUCAUCUGUAUGAAAGAUUUCUUCGUAUAAUGAUGCUGUCCGUACUGAAGAAUACCAAGACCCCUGUGAAAUUCUGGUUCUUAAAGAAUUAUUUGUCCCCAACAUUUAAGGAGUUUAUACCUUACAUGGCAAAUGAAUACAAUUUCCAGUAUGAGCUUGUUCAGUACAAGUGGCCCCGGUGGCUUCAUCAGCAGACUGAGAAGCAGCGCAUCAUCUGGGCUUACAAGAUCCUCUUCUUGGACGUCCUCUUCCCUCUCGUUGUUGACAAAUUCCUGUUUGUGGAUGCUGAUCAGAUUGUACGGACAGAUCUGAAAGAGUUAAGAGAUUUCAAUUUGGAUGGUGCCCCUUAUGGUUAUACUCCUUUCUGUGACAGCCGGAGAGAAAUGGAUGGCUACAGGUUCUGGAAGUCAGGGUACUGGGCUAGCCACUUAGCUGGACGAAAGUAUCAUAUCAGUGCACUAUAUGUUGUGGAUCUGAAGAAGUUUAGGAAAAUAGCUGCUGGUGACAGACUCAGGGGGCAGUACCAAGGUCUGAGUCAGGAUCCUAACAGCCUUUCAAAUCUUGAUCAGGAUUUGCCCAAUAAUAUGAUCCAUCAGGUGCCAAUUAAAUCACUCCCUCAAGAAUGGCUUUGGUGUGAGACUUGGUGUGAUGAUGCCUCUAAGAAAAGGGCAAAGACAAUUGAUUUGUGUAAUAAUCCAAUGACCAAAGAGCCCAAACUGGAAGCAGCAAUGCGAAUUGUCCCAGAGUGGCAGGACUAUGAUCAGGAAAUCAAACAGCUACAGACCCGCUUUCAGAUGGAAAAGGAAGCAGGACCACAGUCUAAAGGGAAUAAAACAAAAGAGCCGAGCCGAGAAGGUCCUCAGAAGCGUGAAGAAUUAUGAUCUCUGGAGGAAGAUAGGAAAUUGCACCAUUUGAAAAACAGUUUUUAUAUUAAAUGCUAGUUUUUUCUGAUCUGUCUAUACAACUGCUGAUGAACUGGCUGGGCAGGUGUGGCACACCUUUGAUUCUGAACGUUUGAUUUUGACUUCUGCACACUGGUGGGGUUAAGGCGCUACUAGAUUGUACCUCAGAGGAAGACCAGUGGCUGAUCUUCCAGGACUCGGAACAGAGGGGAGCGUGGCAGCAGCACCGGGAAGAAACGAGUACGUGCUGCUCAUCGUGGGAAGCCGGCCAGCCACAGCCGCCGCACUCUUCCCUACCUCAGUUUCAGCUGCCCGUGGAAUCGCCCGUGCCGCGGGCCCUGUCGGCAGCAGCUCCGUCCACUGGCUGUGCUGACCUGCUCUGUGUGCCCCUCGUGAACCCUCUCCCAUGCCUCAGGCUCCUUAUUGAGUCAGAAUCCUGCCAACUGUGUGUCUUCAGAGCUGGCUCAGUGCAGCAGCUACAGCAGGUGAAUCUGGGAACAGGAUAGGGCUGGGCUGGGGCCAGGAUAGGGAAAAUAUCAGGAGUAGGAGCAUUCUCAGAAUCAAGGCAGGGGCGGUGAGAAAGACCAGAAUUUGGCCAUUGUCUUUUAUCAGUACCGUUGUGACAAAUUUGAAAACAUUAUUCUUAUUCCCCAUCCAAUCCCAGUGAAUUUUUGAGGCUAUUAUUUUAUAAAGUUUUUGUAUUUGUCAAAAGUCUUUGCUUUUUCUUCCCACUUUCUUAAAAAAUGUCUGUUAAAUGAUUUCUUUACUGGAUACAGUCAUCCUGAGUGUCUGUAGUAGUCCAUCUCCGAGGGCCCAGGGCUUCCCUCUGGAAUGUGACUCAGCUCAUUUGCCUGUUCCUUCUGUGUAGGAGUUGCUCUGUGUAGCUGUUUCUCUACAAAAGAGCUCCUAGAUAGAUGACCCGGAGAGGUUUUGACUGUGGAAUUCACAUGUUUAUAUACGUUGUUCUUUGUUCCUGUCACCUCGCGCUUCGGGUUGCAAAAAUUGCUGGAGACAUCACCAGUUCUGAGUCUGCGUUAUGGCAUCUUGAGGUAGAGUUUGCCCUUUAGUCACUUUUGUUUCUACCAAAGUCUUUUUGUGUCUUCACUUGAACAGCCCAGAACUGCCCCUUUUGAACCAGCCUUUACGGCAGAUGAGGCGGUGCUAUGAGAAACCGCCAGUAGAGCCAGAGCGGGGUGGAGCUCAGGUGUCCUUCUCUGCCUGCAGGGCCCCGUGGCAAAAGCACUAAUGUGGAGUCAUGCCUGCCUUCGCAUGCACACUUUUGUUUUCUUUCAUAUUUUGCCUGCUUUUUAAAAACAUGAGGAGAGGGUGGUGCAAAUGGAUAGCUAAGUCCUUGCCCUUCUAAACCAGAUAGGAUUUUGAUUUGCAGUCCUUUUUAAAUUACAGAGUCUUAUCACAAAUAUCAAGUAAUUUGUUUUUUACUAUUUUCAAAUGAAUGAGUUAGCUUAGCCUCCCAGCCAGUCUGAAGGAGCGUUUGACUUUGCUUUCAUAGUUGUGUUAUCAAUUGAGGGAAGACUUUCAAAAGAGGAUUAAGCAUAUAAUCUGUGACCCCAAAAGGCCAGGGACCCUCAGAAUCACUGACAAAGGCAUGUUACUCCACCUUCUCCUCACCUAGUCAGAGGGGCUGAAGGGAUAGAAUCAGGAAGAUUAAAAAACAUUUGUUCGGGCUUCACCUUCAGAUAUAAUUAAGCUUUCAGAGAGCCUUCUGCUGCCACUGCCACCUAGAGCCAUGCAUUUCCCAGGUUACCUGGGAAGUGGCCCUGGCUCCUUUCUCUGUGUUGCCAAGCCUGUUUUGCAUAUUCCGUGUUAGGGAGGUACAGAGUGAACUGUACCAUCUGUCCUUUGUGGCCCUGGUGUCACUCGUUGCCCCUCAACACUGUACACGUCUGCUGUGGUCAGUUCUAAAUGCGCACUCCAGCUUGCUUCUACAGUGGCCCUACCCCACUGUAGUCCUUUUUGUGAUUCAGGUGGCGUAACCUAAGCACCUUUCAAAGGUAACCUCCCAUGUCCUAGGAAGUGAUGUUGCCAUGAAAAUUUGACCUUGGUCCACUUUACCUGUUAUCUCUGUUAUAAGAGCAUAUUGUGACUGAUGGAGGUAAGAGAAAUUUUUUCCAGGAAGCAAGAAUUGGUUGCACUGAGUGUUAAAACUUACAGGAACUGUUCACAGUGUGUAUUUUUUUUCUCAUCACAUAGUAGAAAUUUUCUGUCUGAGCAAGUGGCAGAGUGACAUGUUAGAAUGACAUGAAGUGCUGUGCGCCUGUUUUUCUGCUCUGUGGGAGUGUUGGUUGGGGUGAGAACCUGCUGAGGUCUCGGCAGGCCUGUGUUUUGGUGUAAUGUGGUACUGAGUGCUCACCACCUUGAGUGAUGGCAUGGUGGUUUUUCACAGUCUGAUAAACUUAGAAUCUGUCAACAUGUUGCAUUUCAAGUUGAACCUACAAAUGUUGUCAUGCCCAUGAGUAUGCCAGCAUUGGCUGGGUCCACGCACUGUGUGAACUCAGUCUUAGGAGAGCAAAGGUUUUAAGUGUAUUGAGAAACAGUUCCAUGGAUGGAGCUGAAUUUACUGUUUCCCUGAGUUCUCAUGUUGUCACCUUUGCUGAAGCCAUGCCUAAAUCAACAGCCUCUCCUGGCUGCUGGGACUAAGAGUCCCUGCGUGCAGGGCUGAGGGAGCUAGGGAUGAUUGUGCAGGUAUCAGAAAAACUGCCAGGGAGACCAGAGGAAGGAAAGCCAGUUGUUUCCAUUAGCCAGGAAUUGUUCUUCACUGGUACUGAAAUUGGAAGCAGGCCAGAUGCCACCCUCCUGGCACUAAAUAUAAGAUGGCUUAUAUCACGUGCCCCCAUGAGUAAACGUGGGCACUUGAAAGUAGUUUUUUCUUGACGUUGCCAAGGCUAACUUUGCCGGAAUGAUUUUAAAAAAGAAUUGUUUAACUUAAGAGUCACACGUGUUUUUUUCUGAAUAAGGUGUUGAUGCUGUAUUAUCAGAUUUCAUGGAACGUCAGGUUACUGCUAAAGCCACAGAGGGGAAACUUUCUCUUGGUAACAGACAAUGGAGGGUGGAAAAAAUGGAGAGCGAAUUAUGUAAAAAGUUAUUUAAUAUAUAUUCCAUUGUGGAGUUUUAAUAGUUUCUGAAGGACUUGAUUUUAUGGGGCCAUUUUGUGGGGUGAUUGUGCUUAAUCAACGUGAAUGUGGCUCGUGACAUGUCCAGUUUGGUAGGAGGACUGUUUUCAUGUACAUUAGUGCCCUCCCUGUCUUGGCACAGUGAGGACAAGACCGUGAGGAGAACUUUGCUAAUUACCUGGUGGAAUUCAAGCAAGUUAGACUUAAUAACUCAUUGAUAGAGUGGAGAAGGCAGAUUUCUCAUUGAUUAUUUGCUGUCUGACUUCUGUAUACGAUACAGAAACUGCUAGCUGUCAUCCUGUUAGGAGCAACGUGGGCCAGCCUACACUUCUGGGUGGCAAUAGUCGUAUUGAGUCAGAGAACUGAGGAGAGGGUCUCUCUCCUGCAGGGUGUCAUUGAGUGCUGACAGGCUAUAAAAACAAGCCACAGAAUCAGCUUUGAAGCCGAGUAUCUCCAUGCCCCCCAGAAGUAGUCUGCAAAGUUUCAGCACCAUGGUUAUGAUUUUGGAAGCAAGAGGCCAUCUCCUGAGUCUUUCCCCAUUACCUACAACAAAGAGGCCGGAUGUGGAGGACUGGAGUAGGACCUGAAGGGACAGAGCUGAGGUCUCGUGUCACCUGUAUUUUACACAUUGCCUCGCUUGCCACCAUUUAUGUUUCCAGAGAAAUGGGCAUAAUUCCCUCUGUAAAAAAAAAAAAGUGGAACAAAA